UUCCAUGGAUCCUACUGAGCCUCGUUGGCGGAUAAAUUCAAGCUUCUCUCCUCCAACGUCAAGGAGAUGGGACUGCCGCUAUUCAUCAGAUGGAUUGCCUCAUAGGGUUCAUGAUGCUCCACAUGAUCACCCACCUUACGUGUCAUCACUAUCACCGCAUAGUAAAGGAAGCAGAAGUGCAUUUGGAAGUGAUCAGUACCCCAAUCACCAUCAUUCUGUAUCUGAUGGAGCACUUUCUUAUUUUGGGAGUCCAGCUGACAGCCUUCAGGCUCCACGCUGGACACCCCCUCUUCAAAGAUUUGAUCUCGGAGAAUUCUCUACACCUGAAAGAGGAUCAAGACCAGAAACUUCUGAUUAUCCUCAAUCAAGUGAGAGGCAUUUGACUGCCGCGAGCAGUUUCAGUUCUGCAUCGCCAUUCUCAGAAUCAAGUCAGCUAGCAUCAUCUAGUAAACAAUCAACUCCGUAUCUACCACGCAAUCAUAUGGGUAGGCGAUCGUUCAUGUCAAAACCGGUCUACCCACUUGUCUUCCAGAAUCCAGUGUCAGAAGCAGAAGCCUCCAGGAUGCCCGAGGCUAGUAAUGCUGGGCGAACAACACCAAGUGAUGACAGCCAAGCUUCUCCUCUGUGGCAUCACAGCUUGGCGAGUCCAGAGCUCAAGUUCCAUAAUGCAUUGAGUGAGCUUGGGAAGAUGGAGGCUUCACCUGAACCAAACACAAGCUCAAGAAGGGAAGGGUUUAGAUGGAGCAAUGCUAGCAGCUACGAUUUUGGAUACGAUGGUGAUGCCAUUGACAUUUCAGAUCAUAUCAGUAUCGAGUCCCAAAGAUCCCCCACAAGUUCAGUGAGAUUUCUUAAGUGCGGGCUGUGCGAGAGAUUCCUGCGGCAGAAAUCACCCUGGACCUUGAAUAGGAUUGUUCGCAAUACCGACAUGCCAGUAGCAGCAGUCCUUCCUUGCCGGCAUGUCUUCCACGCGGACUGCUUGGAGGAAAGCACUCCCAAGAUUCAAACCCAUGAACCACCUUGCCCCCUGUGCGCUCGAGCUGCUGACGACGAAGGACGCGUAUCGUUCUCAGAACCUCUGCAUGUUGCCCUCAGAUCUGCCCGCAGGAAUCUUUCCUUGGGUGGUGGUUCAGGUGGAAGUAGCAGCAGCGCAAACCCUCCUCGCAAUGAUGAUCGGGGCUUGAAGAGGAAUCAUUCUGCUCUUGUGCCAAGACAAAGCGGCCGCUCACUGUUCCGGAACCGUGUCAAGAAGCAGUUCCCCUUCAAGGGGAGGAUUGGGAAGGACCUCUUUGGCGGUAGGGUUUUCAAUAAGGUUGGGUCAUCUUCCUCUUCCGGUCAGAAGGAUGAUGGUCAACACUCAGCAGUCAAGUCUGACCGAUUUAUGAAGUAGCUAGAACUUGGUGGUGGCACAGAGUAUAUGAUGUGUGCCCUACUGCUAUUUUGUUCUUUUGUUAUCACUUUUGGUAUAACGUAUCACAGCAUGUGAAACUUGGUAUCCAUGCGCAGUAGUCGUCCAGGAUGGGGUUGUUAAGUUUGGACGGUGCUAUGCGUCGCAUCGAUGUGACACCCACCAUUGGCUAACUUUGGGUCUGUUAUGAAUCCUUACAGUAAGAAUCGAUGCCUAUGUUUAGUAUGCU